GAACCCCAAUAGGCAAUAACCCAAUUGAAUCACCUCGCAAAACCUUUGCACUAGCACUAGCACAUCAGAAUAAGGCAUAAGGGUACUUUUUCUCUUAUCUCCUCUUAAACCCACACUCUGCAAAUACCAAAUUCCUAGUUGGGAUUUCUUCAAAAUUGGAAAGAUAGUGAAUUCAUGGCAUUCAGAUUGGGAUUACAACGAAAUUUGCAGGGAAAAGUUGAUGGAUGUCUGCAUAAUGUCAGAAGAUUUACUCAUGCUUAUGCACUUCCACCAUCUUUCGGCAAUUCAAUUGACCCGAUUUCAUCGCCCCCUUAAAUUCUUCCUGAAGAUGACACCAAUUCUGUUCAUGGUGGCGGAUUCAUGGACCUCAUGGCUGUUCCCAAAAAGAAGGUUUCUAAACACAAGAGAGGCAUUAGAAAUGGGCCGAAGGCUCUGAAACCAACUCCAGUUAUAGUCCGAUGCAAGGGUUGUGGUCGUGUGAAGCUGCCACAUUUCUACUGUUGCAGCGGCUGCAGCGAAGAUCAUUGCGAGAGAAGUGAUGCAAUCAAUUAAUUGUGCUCAUUGCUUUUUAGAACUAAUUUUUGUUCCAACCCCACACCCUUGGAGUGAAACUCAGAACUUGCUAUAGUUAAAUUUGCACGGAUAUGAUCAAACCAUCUGCUUA